AUGGCUCAAAAACUUAGCCAAUCAGAGCCCCAACGAGUAAAACUUGUCAGUGAAAACUCCAAGCUCCAACGUACCAUCAUCAGGCUGGAGAGAGAAAGGAACCAGGCCCAGGGGGUUGCAGAUGGCCUGAAAGGACAGUUGAAGGGGACUGAGGAUAGUCUUGCCCAGACUUUGAAGGAGCUCGAGACGUCCCAGAAUGAAGCCAAGGCUGCUUUUGAAAAGGGAUAUAACGAAGGAAUCAAAGAUCAAGUUUGGGUGGCGUCCUGGAGGGCCUGCCUUGAAAAAGCAGAGAUUCCUGAGUCAUCUCCACUUUGGACCAACAUUGAGCUUCCAAGCGCAGCAGCUGGUGAUCAGGAGGAGGAUAUUGCAGAGGAGAUGAUUGAUGAACAGGGUUUUGCAGCGAUUGGAACGGGACAAAAGGUGCAAAACCAAGAAGAUGCAAGAAGGAAUUUAGAGACCGGAGAGAAUGUGGCUAUAAAUAUUUUAGACAAGGAGAAGGAUGGUAGAGGUAGCACCGAUAGAAGACAAGAUGAGAGAUCAGAAUAUGAUGGUUUGGACAUUCUUUUACCAUCAUUUGCUCCUCUAUCCUGUUGUUCUUCUCCUCUAAUGGCUUCAAGUGACCCAUUGGUUGUAUGUCGGAUCAUAGGAGAUGUUGUGGAUGUGUUUGUUCCUAGAAUGAUCAUGAAUGUUUAUUAUGGCCCCAAGCAUGUUACUAAUGGUUGUAAUAUCAAGCCUUCAAUUGCCACUAAUCCUCCUAGGGUCACAUUCACUAAUCAUUCCAAUGAGCUCUACACUUUGGUAAUGACGGAUCCUGAUGCACCAAGUCCAAGUGAACCCUCCAUGCGUGAGUGGGUACAUUGGAUAGUCAUUGACAUUCCCGGUGAUGGCAAUCCUACUCAAGGAAAUGAAAUAUUGCCUUACAUGGCACCACGCCCGCCAAUUGGAAUCCAUCGUUACAUUAUGCUGUUGUUCCAGCAAAAAGGUCACAUAGGACUGGUGGAACAGCCCUUGUCUAGGGCAAACUUCAGUACCCGAGCAUUUGCACACCAGCUGGACUUGGGUGUGCCGGUGUCAACUGUUUACUUUAAUGCGCAGAAGGAACCAAUGAACCGAAAGCGUUAAGCCACAAUGCAGCAGUUAAGUACUAGUCCAAAUAAUGGUUGUGGUCGUUUGGUUUGGUUCGAGUUUUAUGUUUUAAGUAGUACUUGUUUCAAGGGGCGUCUUGUGUUGGAGUGUGGUUUUUGUCUUGGUAGGUGUGGUCCUUGUUUGCUUCUUUGCUCUGGUUUGUGGUAGACUAGAAGUGUUUUUAUUUGUUCUUUUAAAUAAACUAAAGUUCGAGUUUUCU